CCCAGCCAAUCGCAUCAUUGUUGUCAACGCGUUGUUAUGGCGCCGGCGGAGUCUGGUUCAAAUCACAAAAGAGUCUGAAACUUUCGCUGUUCGAUCCGCUCUCACGCAGAUAAACGUGAUUAUAACGUGGUAUUAAUUUACAAACAUGUGGCCGACGGAGCGACUGGACGUUUUACGAGAGCGCAACAGAGAUUUGUUGAACCGUUUGAAGCAGCAGAGAGAGGAACUGGAGCGGCCGAGCUGCUUCGGUCACAGCCGCAAGAGGGAGAGAGAGGACGAGGGUGAGGAGAGGAGAGACUCUGCAGAGAUCCUGACUGUGACCGAUGGAGAGAGCGGUUUUGCUAGGGCAGCGCUUGCCAGACCAACCGUGAGGUUUGCAGAUACAUGCGAGGAACAAACAGGCAUCCAGCACACUGUUCCAACACCAUCUUUGACCUCUGAAAAUGCAGAAGGGUCUGAACAUACAGCGCCAUCAGAACUUUUCAUAGACAGUGAUGGACAUCUUCGAGACCACACCAGGCUGCCGGAGAUGCGACAAGCCGGCACAAAGUCCUGUCUAGUGAAUCGCAGUAAAGAGCAGAGGGCUGUGCAGAGUCGGGUCACAUUUCAGUCUGAUGACUGUGAUAAGAUAUCUACCUCAGACAGGCAUUAUUUGCAGCCUUUACUCGGAUAUGACUGGAUAGCAGGAGUCCUGGAUGCAGAGGAUUCUUUGAUAGAGCGCUCUGACGAGUUCUUUGAUGACUUGCGCAUGUUUCGAUCGCUCAAUAGAGACGAUUGCGUCCGCAGCCCGCAAGCAGAAUUGUCUGAGGCAAACCUUUCAGUCCUGCCGCUGCUAACAGACGAGGAUAGCCCCGAGGCCAACAUGGACACGCAUCAAUGUACCUUCUCUUACAGGAUUAACAGCAGACUGUUUCCCGUCCCAUUUCACUCUCAAGAGCGCUGCCCAGUGUGCAAAAAGCAUAAAUCCUCCCACCCUCACACUGCAGCUGAACCAGCUCUCAUUAGGGUCAGCAUCCCUCGCUCUGCCCUCUUGCCACCUCACAAGUACAGAGCUCAUAGGCGGUGUAGCUUUGACCCUUCUGAUAGUUUGGGGUUACCAUCGGUUUAUCGAUUUUCGUCUUCGUGGUCUUCUCCAGCAUUGUCUCUCCGGCUGGUCCAACAAAAGUCAGUACACGCUGCCGCCACCCAGCAGCCUCGAUCUGCGGAGCAGUCUGAAUUUGAACAACUCCACCAUGUCACAGAACAAGGAACUGGAGGAUCUCUCUGAACCCAAAGUGGCCAGUCACCAGAUCUCAGAUGUGUCUCGCUUGGCUCGACGCAACCUCCAACACUUCUCUCCAAAAACAAAACCAGGCAGCUCUUCUUAUCUUUUGCGCUGACAAAUCACAAAAUUCUAUUCUUAAGUGAUAGAAGCAGUUCCUGUUUAAGGACUGACACCACCCAAAAUAAUUUCCUUUGUUUCAUGCUUUGUUUUCAACUUACUCUGUGUGCUUUUCUGUAACAUCUCUGCUAAAUGUGAAUGCUACAGUACACUAAGAGUUUGUUUUUCAGGAGGAAACAAAUGAUCUCUGCUGAGAGUGCAUCAACAUUUUUCUAAGUGCAUCUUCUUUGAUGGAUGAAUUUGAAACAUGAUAUCAUUAUUUUCAAGAAUGUAAUGAGUUAGAUAAUAAAAUGCAACAUGUUAGGUUG